ACUUUUAGUGUCACAAUUUUUGGAUGAAAAACCGUGAUUGCUUCACGGUUAUUUACCAUAGAGAUGGUGAUCUCUAAGGUGAUAGAAUGAAACGGGAGAGCCUCGCCAAGGCCAAUGCCUUUUGCAACACUCUCCCAACUUUUGUUUGGAGGGAAUAUAACGAUCACUAUGGAAUGAUCGUUAUAUUUCCAACAACCAACAUAUAUAAUCAGCGCCAUUUUCACCGGGUUUAUGCUCGGUGACCUGCCGUCACAACUUCAACCAACUCCGCCUCUCCGAUCCUUCAAACUCCUUCUUGAACAUGUGAAUGGAAGAGCUGCUGUCUGGAUCAACUAAAAGGCUUUCGUUAAAAGUGUAACUGCCGUAUAAUGCAGCUUAUUUUUACUAGUGCAGUUGCUAGGUGCAAGAAGUAAAGUAGAACAAGCAAAUGAGUUAACUAUUUGUCAAUGUAAUGAAUAAGUUGAGAUGAUGAUUUCCUGCAAUUCGUCAUCCAACCCACAAUAGAACCCUUUCCCCGGCAGAUUAGGAGGCUACAAAAAGAAUACAAGAGCAACGAAAUUCAAGUUGAAUGGAGCCGGCAGGUUUAUUCGAAUCCUCCAUGAGAUUUUUCUCUGAUCAAGAACUCUGCUAUGCUGAUAUUCUCACUCCUCAAGAGGUCGUGGCUAGAAUUCAAGUAGCUGUCCUCAAUUUUCUCAGAAUUCUCAACUCCUCCUCUCCAGCCAUCUCAAAUCUUCCUCUGAUUGAUCGAAGAUCGAGCAAUAGCCGAGUGAGUCAAGGAAUUUUGACAGAUGAUUCGUGGAUAUUCCUUUCGCAUUCCUUUUGUACGAGGUCUUUGAUGAGACCCAACGCCUCUAAGGCUUUUGUCAGAGUUUGGAAGCUGAUGGAGAUGUGCUCUCAGAUUCUGAUUCAGGAUAAGAAAGUGACGCAGAGGGAGCUUUUCUAUAAGCUGCUCUGUGAUUCACCGGUUUAUUUUUCGACUCAGUUGCAUGUCAAUAGGACAAUUCAAGAUGUUGUAGCCUUACUUCAAUGUAGCCGUUACAGCCUUGGAAUUAUGGCAUCUAGUAGGGGACUUGUCGCCGGCCGUCUACUGUUGCAGGAGCCUGAGCAAGAAGUUGUGGACUGCACUGCCUGUGGGUCUUCUGGAUAUCCCAUUUCAGGUGACUUGGACUUGCUGCAGACGUUGACUCUGAAGACUGACGCUCGUUACAUAAUUGUAAUCGAAAAGCAUGCGAUAUUCCAACGUUUGGCAGAUGAUCGCGUUUUCAAUCGCAUUCCUAGUAUUCUUAUCACAGCCAAAGGAUAUCCAGACUUAGCCACAAGGUACUUUCUUCACAAAAUUUGCAAAACGUUUUCGCAUCUGCCAAUGUUCGGCCUUGUUGAUUGGAACCCUGCGGGAUUGGCCAUUUUAUGCACCUUCAAAUACGGAAGUAUAGGGAUGGGCUUGGAGGCAUACAGAUAUGCUUGCAAUGUUAAAUGGUUGGGAGUACGAGGAGAUGAUUUACAACUGAUACCACAAGAAUCUCUGGUUCCACUCAAGCCCCGGGACCUACAAAUUGCCAAAAGCUUGCUGUCCUCAAAAAUAUUACAGGAGAACUAUCGACAAGAGCUGACAUUAAUGGUUGAGAGAGGGCAAAAGGCUGAACUUGAAGCUUUGUACCACAAUGGAUUCGAUUACUUGGAGAAGUACAUAGUCAAAAAGAUUAUUCAAUUUAGUUACAUCUGACAUUAUUUUCAACCUAGAGAUGUAGAGGCAUCUGCAUAGAGUGAAUAAAGGGCUAUUUGCUAAAAAAACCAUACCUUCUUUUUCAAGUCCAUCUUUCUUAGAAGAGAAGUUCACAAAAACUGAAGAGACUCGUUCAUCAAUCAAAGUUUUCAGCUGCUUCAACUUUAAAGAUUCCCCCGGUUCCUUUCCCCAUGUUGCCAUACUACGACGUCACCUGAGUCUCCAUUGACAUCAAAGGAAGUCUUUCUCCCUUGAAAGCUACUCUUAAUAUCCAACCCUUGCUGCCCCUAGUUGUGGAUUUAUCCUAUAAAGUUCCAAAGUAGAAAAACUAUUAGGUGCUAUCUGUGAAAGAAACGGAACAGAAGAUGGGAGGUUUUGAACAGCUAGCAAAUGAUGUAGUUUAAAGUUAAAAUUGAAAGAUGCAUGACUAAAGGGGUUUUUAAGAUAUGAAUGAUUUAUAAUUCCUUUCGAUGUGAUCAAA